AUGGAGACCGAAGGCUAUCGUGACCUCCUGGAGACCAGCGAUGGUCAGGGGGUAGGCCUGCUGGAUGGAGGGGGUGAGGUGGGCUGGAGCAAACCGUACCCCCUGGGCUUCCAGGUGUCCCUGACCACUGUGCUGAUGCUGGAGCUGGUGUUGGGCUUCAGCAGCAACCUGACCGUACUCGUGCUCUACUGUGCUCAGUCCAACCUGGUGGAUUCAGUCAGCAACCUGGUCACAGUGAACCUCCAUGUGCUGGACAUACUCGUCUGUCUGCUGUGUCUGCCGCUGACUGUGGCUGUGAUCCUGCUCCCGGCGAAUGGAAGUGGAGUCGGCAGCCUGGCCACGCUUUGCUGCUUUCAUGAGGCCUGUGUCACGUUCACCAGUGUGGCCACAGCAGUCAAUGUGCUGGUGAUCAGUUUGGACCGGUACGACAUCUCAGUGCAUCCAGCCAGUCGUCUGCUGACCACCAGGAGAGCAGCACUGCUCCUGGCAGCAGUGUGGGCCGUGUCUCUGGCGGUCUUCUUCCUGCCCUUCCUUGAGGGGGAUUUCUUCUAUUCAGCGGUUAAGGACAAUAAGGAUGAGGAGCCAGGAGGACAUAACAAUAACUCUGAGUUUACCACUGGAUUGACCCCCAUUUUUUCCUCCAUAUCUCCCUCCGCUUUACCCUCAACUCACCCUUCCUCCCCAACACACCACCUGACUCCAGUAUGGCAGAACAGGACUCUGCUGUGCGUCGGAGGCCAGGGGUAUUACACCGGCCUGGCGAUGUAUUAUCACUUGUUACUCCAAGUGCCAUGCUUCUUCAUCGCUGUGGUCGUCAUGUUGUUCACCUACUCCAAGAUCCUGCAGGCCCUCAACAUUCGAAUAGGCUCCCACAUGAUGAGGAGUAAGCGCGCAAAGGACUCCACCUGCAGGAUACGCUGCAGGAGGCAGAAGAAGAAGGACCUGAGCCUGCCCACAGAGGUAGUGUCCUCCAACCAGAACCUCACCAAUCCGCCUCUCAUUCCCUCCCUCACACCGACACCAACAUCACCCCCACCACUCCUCUCCAUGCCACAGGCGAUGUCUGACAGUGGAGACACAGUCACUACGGUCAGUACUGCUGCCACCACCCCCAUCGCCACCACACCGGCCACCCCUGCUUCUACAAUCCCAGCUUCAGCCCCAACCCAGACCCACGCCACCUCACCACUGCCUGCAUCCACCAUGGGUGUACAGGCCUCGGUUUCUGCCAUCAUCGCCUUGAGGCGGGCAGUGCGCAGGCACAGGGACCGUCGAGAGCGUCAACGCCGUGUCCUCAAAAUGUCCCUGCUCAUCAUAUCCACCUUCCUGGGCUGCUGGGCGCCUCUGUCUUUAGUCAAUGUUCUGAUCCUGUGUAUGGGUCCAAGCGACAGCCUGGUGCGGCUGCGCCUCUGCUUCUUGGCAAUGGCUUAUGGAACCACUAUUUUUCAUCCUCUGCUUUAUGCUUUCACCAGGCAGAAGUUGCGCCGUGCCCUCAAAACGCGUGUCAAGAAAAGGGUAGUGUCCCUUCUGCAGGUGGACCCAGCUCCUAGCGGGGGGACAGUUAUUCAUAACUCCUGGGUGGAGGGUGGAGGUCAGAGGAAGACUCGCAAGCCACGAGUGGAGGCCAGUGAAGCCACUGAUCGGUGCCUCACAGAAGCAGUGAGGGAAUGAGGCUUCAGCGUGUUUGCAUGUGUGCAAGUGUGUGU